AUGGAAAUCGAUCCGCGACUGUAUGAGCACCAGUGGCUAGUUCCUCGGCUGCCGUGCAUAUCUGGCCAUCAAGCUCACAAUCUACGCUCUGCUACUUGGCGACAAAGGCUUUUAACACCAUGGUUGAAUCUCGAAGUCUUGAAGUCAGACCCGACUGUUCUAUUUUCCUUGUUGCAUUGCCGUGUAGCAUAUCCGCCUCAAGACUGGGCACUGUGGGAUAAUAGACAGCUUGACCUAGCCUGGUCUAACGGUUACUUUGAUGUCAAUUAUUCCAACGCGUUUGUUGUGAUAUCUAGUCCAGAUUACGGGAAGAUCCUCCAUUGGGACACAGAUUCAAUCCACCAACAAGAUGAUAUUGGAUUCCCCAGAGCCCAGCUACUUCUUGAAGCUCAGGCAUAUCUCAUGCGCUUUCUCUGCAACGUGGUCGACAAAAUACUAGAAGGUGCGGAUCUGAGCAAGCCAGCUUCCGCAAGCAAGUGGGAACAGCUACUAUCUGAGGGUUUCCGAACACCUGGAGAAUCGGUCCUUUGGUCAAAUUAUACACAUCAGGCAUAUGCAAAGCCGCCCACGUUGAGCAUCAAAUCACUCUUCUCCAUAGCCGAGACAAGCACGCGUACCAUUGGCGACCAUCUUGCCCUUUUGCAAUGUGACCCAUCCUAUAUGCGCCAAUAUAUCCACAUUAUCUACCAGGGAGAGCUUCGCAAGAGUUUUGAUGCCAAUGAGAUGGCAUUGCUUACUCUCCAGGAAAUAACAGAGGAUAUUCUUCGUUGCUGGAAAUGGAAAUGGGUUGCUGACAAAUGUGGUCAGGUCAAGAAGGUGUACGAUCAAUAUCACCAAAGCACUUCAUGUUCCGCAAGCCUCCAAACUGCGUAUAGCGACGCAUUAUGGGCAUUUGAGCUCUUUCUCGUCGAAUGCUUCCGAGGGGAUAUCAAACGGCUCCGAGACACCUUGUGGUCCAGGCCGGGAUUCUUGAGUUAUUGGAAGGCCGAAGACUACACCACAGGUACUGCAAAGCCAUUGCAGAUCAAAAGGAACAAAGCACCGUCGUUCAGAGAAGACCCUCUUGAUUGGUGCUUGACAAAAAUCCUCGAAGAUCCAGAUAGCCCGCAGGGUUAUGAUCAUGCGAUGCUGUUUGCGUUCCUACAAUAUCACCUUACGACAAGUCCGCGCAGUGAGCAAGUAAGACUGGACGAGUUUCUGUAUCAAAGAUUGUCUGGAAUGGCUUCUCUGGGUGAAAUGAUUGUAUCUAUUCGCUUAAACAGACCGCAGCAUGGCUCCCGAAACAUUACCGAUGAACUCAAUCAAGAGAAAAACAUUCGAUUAUGGAAAAACGCGUUCUUGAGACCACAGUUCGAUCAUGAAGGUAUCGGAGAUCCGCAAGUUGUCGCAAAUGGUUUGAUUGAUCACUUAUAUCGACAUCGCUUAUCGCAAGGGCCAAAAAACCCGGUGUGGCUUCAACAAUCUCGGCCAACGGGCGAACCUCUCGGGACCUUUUGGGCAGAUAUAAGAAAAUGGGCGAAAAGAUACCUGAAGUAUUUAGAUCUCCGAGUUACAGAGGAAAAAGAACUCAUGGAUGUCAUAUCUGUCGACCUCAGCUCCGAGAAUAAUCAGCUUCGUGGAGCCGAAGAAAAGCAAACUCUAUCAGAGAUAAGAAGUCAAUCGAGGUCAAGCCAGGCUACACUCCAGACUCAAUGGGGUUCAAUUGAGAUGAAAGUACCUUCUCGGAUCCCAAAGCUGAAGGUCAAGAGCCGCUUCCAUUCAUCACAAGAUACGGUUGAGAAGAGAGUCAAGACACCCAACAACAUUGACGGGCACUGUCAGAUACAUACAUAUGUAACGAAGAAUACGUUACAUGUCAUCCGAUUGAUGUUUCCUGGGAGUUCGGAAGUAGCGUACGAAUCUGUGACUUGGGAAAAUUUCUUGCGAGCCAUGUGUGAUGCAGGUUUUGUUGCACAGAAUGCAGGUGGAUCCGCCGUUAUAUUUGAAGCUAAGGAUAUCACGGAGAACGGAAUGCACAGAGGAAAGAUUGUAUUUCACCGACCGCAUCCAGUUCCUAAGCUUGGUCCAAUCAUGCUGCGUUCAAUGGGUAAAAGAAUGACGAAGUGGUUCGGUUGGAGUCGAGAUCAGUUCCGAUCAAAAUAG